GCGGUGAAUGACGUUGCUGAUCUUCACGAAAGAGUAAAGAAUAUUUUCUUAUGGCGGCGGCCCGCUUCUUCGGUGACCUACGGCCUUGCCAUGGGCGUCGUGUUCUGCAUAACACUGCUCCCGUCUCAAUACCUUGUGAAGUUACUAGGCUUGGCUUUGGGCGCGUUGUACUGGCACGCCAUUCCUGUAUUGGCUGCCAUCCCUCCUGCCGAUCGCGCUCGGCUUCCUCCUCCUUUCAGCGAGGUGCCCACAGACGGAGAUUAUGCUAUGGGAUUGAUAUCACAGCGCGUAGCUCGUGGACUGGAGAUCAAACCGAGAAGUCAUAGAGCAAAAAGUGGCUCAGCAAUCGACACAGAUACUAAAUCGGAUAUUAGCCAGACAGGCGAGAGUCCUGCCAAGGCUGCAGGCUCUGUAGGCUUGAGCACUUCUGUCGACUGGAAAAAGUGGGGAAAUCGAAUCGUGGAUACGAAGGCGCGUUCGCAUGAGGUGAAGAAGCUCUUCAAGGACGGACAGUGGAAGCGACCAGAGAACUGGCUCGCGCUGAAUCCGCUGUCUCCCAGCAUUGCUUUACCAACUGGCAGCAUCGAACCUCGCCUGCAGACAUAUACGUUCCCUGCUCAAUACAAGAAGGCGUCUGGUCUCAUUACGUUGGCAUCUGACACGCUGUUCUUCACGCCUUUACUGUCUUCUUCUGCGAAGCUUAUGAUCCCGUUGACGCAUGUGCUCGGCGUAAAGAAGACCGGACCGAUGAGAGGCCUGAACUUACGAUGGGUGCAAUCAAGUCAAGAUGGGGCAACCGAAGAACGCGAAGAGAAGUUUUUGUGGGUGGGUGCACGGAAUGAGCUGUUCGCGAGGCUAGUCGCAUGGGGCGGACGACGUUGGGCGAACAUCUGACAGUGAUAUGGGGCGAUUCAUGCAGGCAGUCGUCAGAAAUCCAGAACUUUGUCGUGCGUCUCACUUGUCAUAACUUCUGUCUAUCAAUACAGUGCUGCCGCAAAUCGUA